UCAUGUCAUGUCAUAUUGAUUAACCACAUGGUUAUUAAAAGUGUGUUUUAUUUCACAGUGAGUAUAUAAUUUUCCAAAAAGUAAAAUCGUAACUGAACAGCUCUAAUUUAACAUGUCGGACGUACCAGAUCUUAGUAGCGAUGAAGAUCAAUACGACGAAGAGGAUUGGCAAGAAAUGGAAACCAGCAAUUCUACAAUUACCUGUUUGUUUUGUACAACCGCAUUGCCUACAAUUGAAGAAGGUAUCGUACAUUGUGAGAAAAGCCAUAAUUUUAACUUAAGCAUUCUCAAAUCUAAACAUCAUAUGGAUUGCUAUUCAUAUAUAAAAUUGGUGAACUACAUUAAAACACACAAAGCAACAUCUGAAGCUAUAAUGGAUUCAGCAACGGCUCUGUGGAAUGACGAUAAGUAUUUAAAACCUGUUGACAAUGAUGAAUGGUUGAUGUAUGACUUUGAUUCAUUGGCAGAGAAUACCAGUUCACCACAAUCUUACCAUGCUAAUGUUGAGAAUGGCUUAGUUACGUUAUCACAAGCUCAUUUUCUCGAAUUACAAAGGACGAUACAAUCACUUUCGGAACAGCUAAAAGAAUCACAAACACAUCUGCAGAUGGCAAGAGAAGAUAUGAAUAAGAUGCAAAGUUCAAUGAAAAAUAUUGUUGAAGGAAAUACAAAUUCUGUUGCCAAUGAAAGUGUAACAGUAGAUUGUGUCUCCAAAGUACCGUUAGAAUGUGACGAAGGGUACUUUAGUAGUUAUGCUCAUUUUGGUAUUCACUAUGACAUGCUCUCUGACAAAGUACGGACUGAAAGUUAUAAAAAUGCAAUAUUAUUUAAUAAAGAAACAUUUAAAGACAAAACUGUCUUGGAUUUAGGAUGUGGGACGGGCAUUUUGUCAAUGUUUUGUGCCACCGCAGGUUCUAAAAAAGUAUAUGCAUUAGACCAAUCUGAAAUAAUUUAUCAUGCUAUAGAUAUAAUUACAGAAAAUAAUUUAACAAAUGAAAUUAAAACUAUAAAAGGUAGGCUUGAAGAUACAAAGUUGGAUGAAAAAGUUGAUAUUAUUGUUUCGGAGUGGAUGGGUUACUUCUUGCUUUUUGAAGGGAUGUUAGACAGUGUUAUAUAUGCUAGAAACAAUUAUCUCAACCCUGGGGGUGUAUUAUUACCAAAUCAAUGCAACAUAAGCUUAGUUGCGAAUGGAGAUAUAGACACACAUAAAAAACUAAUUAAUUUCUGGUCUGAUGUAUAUGGAUUUAAAAUGAAUUGUAUGAAAUCAGAAGUGAUUAGAGAAGCGAGUGUUGAAGUCGUGGAUUCAAAGAAUAUAAUUUCCGAACCCUGUGUUGUAAAAGAAAUAGAUAUAAAUACUUGUAAUGUAAAAGUAGUUGAUUUUACGUCUCCUUUUGAACUUUGUAUCACACGGGAUGGUUUUAUAACGUCCCUUGUUGGUUAUUUCGAUACAUUCUUUAAUUUACCAACUGCGGUAAGUUUUUCAACUGGUCCUCAGGUUACACCGACCCAUUGGAAGCAAACUUUGUUUUAUUUCAAGGAUUGUAAGGAAGUGAAGAAGGGUGAUAUUAUUAAAGGCACUAUUACAUGUAGUCGUUUAAAAACUGAUGUUAGAGGACUUCUUGUGCAAAUUGAUAUAUUCGGUAAAACUCAUAAGUAUAUUUUAAGCUAAGCUAUAUCUGUAAAAAAUAUUUUGUAACUUCAAGCAUCAUCAAUGCAUUUAGGCAAGAAAUUAAGUAAUUGUCAGUUAGAAUAAGUUUAAUAAUGGUGAUAUUUUCACGUAUAAGUUUUUUUUUGUAAAAUAGACAAUGUUUAUUUUUUACAUUAAUAUUUAUGUAUUUUUUAAACAGAUUACUUCUUUAUCGAGCACAAUAUUUUGCUUAAGACAAUAAUUGUAUAGAUAUCUAGGAAAUAUUAAGAAUAGCCUUUUUUGCAAUUGCUUUGAAAGUAAAAAAAAAUACUUAAUACAGAAAAUAAACUGCAAAUGUUGUUUGAAGACAUGUAUUUUCAUUUUUAUAAAGUGUAUAAUUCCACUCAUGAUAUGUUUAAUAUUGCUAACAAGAAGAAUGUUACAGGAUGAAAUAAAAAAUACACAAUUAUUUUCUACGAAA